AUUUGACAAUUACAUUAGUGGAUAUGUGUUGUAAAAUGUGAAAUAGCCUAAACUGAAUUGAACUGAAACUGAAGAGUGAAAAUUGUUACGUGUUAGGCUACUUGAAGAAAAAAACUGUAAUUUUUAUUUUAUUUUAUUUUAGCCUAUUAUUAAAUGAGACGCCCAUCUAGAGCCCCCGUGCAUGUCUUUGAUCACAGGUUUGGGAAAAGGCAGCUGUCGUGCUGCUCCCUCCCACAGAGCAGAACAAACGCUAUAUUCAUCUGCCUCUGAAACUCCCCGGAGCAACUUCAGAACAGACGGAGCACAAUAAUACCAUUAAAUGCAGCUGGACGCAGACUGAGACACGCACACCGUCUGACCCGUUCCACCGUCCGUUCUUACAAUGUGGAAGAUCUGCGGUGUCCUGGUCGCCUGGGCUCUGCUGCUCAUUCUGAAUGUGCGAGCUCAGUCUCAAAACAGACAGACCUUCACGUGUGGUGGUAAUAUCACAGGAGAGUCGGGUGUUAUCGGUAGUCAGGGUUAUCCGGGCGUCUAUCCGCCGAAUACCAAAUGUGUGUGGAGAAUUACUGUUCCAGAGGGCAAAGUGGUCGUCCUCUCAUUUCGUUUUCUUGACUUAGAGAGUGACAACCUGUGCCGAUAUGAUUACGUGGAUGUUUAUAGUGGCCACGGCAAUGGACAGCGUCUCGGCCGCUUCUGUGGGACGUUCAGGCCGGGAGCCCUCGUUUCCACAAGCAACAAGAUGCUCAUACAGAUGAUGUCUGAUGCCAAUACAGCUGGUAGCGGCUUCCUGGCUGUGUACUCUGCUGCCAACCCUAAUGAACGGGGGGAUCAGUACUGUGGUGGGAGAUUGAUGAAGCCAUCAGGAACCUUCAAGACCCCUAACUGGCCAGAGAAAGACUAUCCUGCUGGAGUCACGUGUUCUUGGCAUAUAGUAGCACCCAAGAACCAGAUUAUAGAGUUAAAAUUUGAGAAGUUCGAUGUGGAGCGCGACAACUAUUGCCGUUACGAUUACGUAGCCAUUUUUAAUGGGGGAGAAAUCAACGACGCUAAAAGAAUUGGGAAAUAUUGUGGAGACAGUCCACCAGCACCUGUGUUCUCAGAGGGGAAUCAGCUCUUCAUACAGUUCCUCUCAGAUCUCAGUUUAACAGCGGAUGGCUUUAUUGGGCAUUACAAAUUUAGACCAAAGAAGUUUCCCUCCACAACCGUUCCACCAACCACGACAGCACCACCCACUACCACUAGACCAAUACCUUUGAAGUACUCUGCAGCGCUGUGUCAACAGAAAUGCAAACGGAAGGGAACCCCUGAGAGCCACUACUGUUCCAGCAACUUUGUGAUCACUGGAACUGUUAUCACCGCUGUAACGCGAGAAGGUAGCAUGUAUGCCACCAUCUCCAUAAUCAAUGUCUACAAGGAAGGUAACCUUGCUAUCCAGCAGGCUGGCAAAACCAUGAGCACAAAGAUUGUCAUCCUUUGCAAGAAGUGCCCCUAUGUCAGACGAGGUUUGAACUACAUCUUCAUGGGCCAUGCAGACGAGGAGGGCCGUGGAAUGAUCGCCCCCCAUCAUUUCAUCAUGGCUUUUAAGGCCAAGAACCAGAGGGCCUUUAACAUGCUGAAGAACAAACGUUGCUGAGCUUUCUACGGAAAAUCUUUAGUCUUGAAAUCCACACAUGGGUGUGUGAUGUCUUCAUAUUUGCCCUGCAUGUCCCAACUUCCUUCAUCACCCUCUUCUGAGGAGGCCGAGGACUGUCGAAGCACGUGGCACACACCUGGUUGGAAUCUCUUGGUUCCUACUUCUCUUCUUACUGUUGUGAUGAGCAUCAAAAUGACAGCAAGAGCGAAAGUAAUAAGACAGGUCAAGAAUACUGGAAUGUGAAGAGUAAGAUUAUGGUGUUUUGAAUUGCACAGUUUACAAGAUAUUUGUAGAUUUUUAAUCCAAUAACAAAGUUAGAAAAGCUAAAAGUCAAACUAGUUGCACAUCUUUGCUGUUUUUGAAAUCAUGCUGGAUAAUAUUGAAAUAUUUUCAUAGAAACCUAUUCCUAGAGGCGAAUGUUAAGUUAUAAAUUAUUUGUUUUAUGAUGGAAAAAUAAAAGUUCAUUAUCGUUUAAAUCUCGGA